CAGAUGAAGAUAAAGUUGAUGAUGAUAAUGAUGAUGAUGAUAAUGAUGAUAAAGAAUAAGAAAAAGAAGUGGUAGGGAACACUUUCCCUUAGGAGGAUGGCGCCUCUUUGGAGGAAAGAAAGAGAGAGAGUGUGUGUAACAGUCGGAAUAAGUGUGUCGAGGUCUUGUCACGGACAGUCUUUUGGUAGUCGGAACUGUUCGUCGCGACUUGAUGCGCGACACUUCCGUCUUCCCUGUUGUUGUUAAUCCUGUUUUUUUUCAUUUUCGCUUUUUCUCUCCUCUCAAAAAUGUUAAUUUUAAAUCUAUAAUUUUCAAAAUUAACAAAUUUUUUUUCUUUUAAUUUUUUUUUUCAGAAAAAAAAGGAAACGGAAAUAGAGAAAAUAAAAGUGCCGUGAUUUAAUUAUCGAGUUUGAAGUGUCUUUUUAAUGGAAUACCAGAAAAGAGGAUCUGAUGUUUGUUUUCCUCAGAAUGUCAAUGUCCGCUCUUGGACUGUGUAUAAUAUGGAAUUUAUUAAACGGUGCUUUAUCAUACACUGAUGAGGUUGCAAUUUAUUCCAAUUAUCCAGGAGGACAUGGAUCGCAAAAUCCAGUGAGAAGAUGGACGGAGAGCGACGCAUUUCUCGGCGGAGGACCUCGUGGUGGAGCGAUUUAUCGUCGUGACAUUCAAGUGCGUCCUUACGCCCAAUUAGUUCGUGUCACUGAGGAAAGAAGUGAUCCUCUCACAAGAAUUACCGAGACACUCGGCGCUCUCAAUACAGUUGGAAGUUACAUUGUAAAUAUGACACGUGGCGGUGAUUCGGCGGCAAAUCCCUCCAAGGAAUUACCUUCAGCCUUGUACACAAUAUCGAAGAAUAUUUUGGGAAAAAAUGUCACCGACAGUAUUGCGCCAAUUGUCCGCGGCGUUACACUUCCAUUGAGACCAGUUCAAUUAACAUUGAAACCAUUGACAACAACGACGACGACGACAACAACGACGUCGACUUUCAAACCAGUGACUCUUGUCACCAAUGAUGUUGUAUCCGAUUUACAAAUACAAUCGAGCGAGGAAAUUGUUGACAGAGAAAAGGGACCGUCUUCGUGCACAACUGCCGAAGGUGGUCCAGGACGUUGUCAAGAUCUCAGCAAUUGUCCUCAUCUUCUUUUGGAUCUCACCAAACUUCGACAGUCACUUUGUUUCAAGAGUCUCUUUGUUCCCGGCGUUUGUUGUCCGAUUGAAAAAAAUGAUAUCGACGAAGUGAGUCCAACGUAUCCGCCGGUGAUUCAGACGACAACGAAGCCAAGGCCAAGACCGACGAAACCACCAACGCCAAAGCCAAUUCCAUUGUUUCCGAUAUCGACGACAAAUCGUCCAAAUUACGAACUUGUCACGGCUCCCGAUUUAUUUGGAAAUAAGGGCAACGAAACUGUUGAAACAAUUGACAAUAAUUUCAUUCAAGACGACGAUGAAUGUGGAGUUAGAAACACUGGAAAGUAUCGUGUUGUCGGUGGUGAGGAAUCAUUGCCAGGUCGUUGGCCAUGGAUGGCAGCAAUUUACCUUCAAGGAGCAAGACGCACGGAAUUCUGGUGCGGAGGUUCACUCAUUGGUCCAAAACAUAUUCUCACUGCUGCCCAUUGUACCCGAGAUCAACGACAACGUCCAUUUGCAGCCAGACAAUUUAUGGUUCGUCUGGGUGACAUUGAUCUUGAGAGAGAUGAUGAACCUUCAUCGCCGGCGACCUAUGCCGUGAAAGAAAUUCACGCUCAUCAACAAUUUUCGCGAGUUGGAUUUUAUAAUGACAUUGCAGUUUUGGAAUUGACACGUCCAGUGAGAAAAUCGCCGUACAUUAUUCCAAUUUGUUUACCACAGGCGAGACAUCGUGGUCAACUUUUUGCUGGAGCAAGACCAACGGUCGUUGGUUGGGGAACAACCUAUUAUGGUGGAAAGGAGAGUACAGUUCAAAGACAAGUGACAUUGCCAGUGUGGAGAAAUGAAGAUUGUAAUGCCGCUUAUUUUCAACCAAUAACGGGAACAUUUUUGUGCGCCGGUUUCAGUCAGGGUGGAAAGGACGCCUGUCAAGGUGAUUCAGGUGGUCCGCUUAUGCUCAAACAAGAAGGUCGUUGGAUGCAAAUUGGAAUUGUAUCCUUUGGAAAUAAAUGCGGUGAACCUGGAUAUCCUGGAGUUUAUACUCGUGUCUCUGAAUACGCUGAUUGGAUCAAAUCAAAUUUACGUUAGAAGUUUUACAAAAAUGUUUCACAAAAAUAUUCCACAAAAAUAUUUUACAAAAAUAUUUUUUUCAAAAUCGUCUUCCGGAGAGAGAUGUCAAUUUAAUUCAACAGAAAUCGUCAAGAAAUUUUUACACACAUCUACGGUCAGUUUUUGCCAGACAUCCAUUUUUUUGCCAUAAAUUUUUUCUUUUUUUCUAAAAAAAAAAGCCGCUUUCAUUUACGAAUAGGUAGUAAUUUGCGUCGUUUUAUUUUAUUUAUUUUUUCAAUCGCGGUAAAAGUAAAACAAUGCAAAUGAAAUAAUCUUGAAAACAAUUAUUUAAAAUUACUUAAGAAAAAUAAAUUAAC